GGUCAUAGAUAAAGUUCAAGAAUUUUUACAAGAAAUCGAAGCAGAGAAUCAGUUCAUAAAUGGCUCGCCCGUCCGUUCCAUCCGGGAGGUUCAAGAAAAUGGCACCGACUUGCUUAUCGGCGAUAUUGAUCUUAAAAGGGAAUUACCUGAUGUAGCCUGGGCUGAGAAAGAGGAUGCAGACAAUCUUCUUAAACCAGCUGGCGACCCAACUAUAGUGUGGACAAUUGGAGAUACUGAGACAACCCAAUCCAAUCAAGAUUUUCUGGCUCCAAGUCACCAUCGUCGUGGUAUCAUGAGUGCUGCUUUACGCACUCUGAUCGAGGGCUGGGCGAUACCACGCAUGAACUGUCGAAGGAUGCUUGUCACUGCGUUUGUCGGCAAUGUGGCCAGUGUCGGGGUGUUCAGAAAAGUUGGGUUCAAACAUGUCCGAGACGUGGAAAAUGCUAUAGCUCUGCCAGAGGGAAGAGGUGGCCAUCUUAAGAGUCUACAUAUCCUGAAAUGGGAAUACCCCGAGACAGGGUACAUGGAUCCGCUGCACUCAUCUCCUACGGCUUCACCUUCUUUCCAUCCGCGUUCUACCGCAAUGGCCUCGCAACCCCAAACCUACAGUCAUACAGGCCACUCUGACUAUCUUCAAUCAUCACCGAUUCCUCGGACAAGGUCAAGCACAGAGUCUUCAGCGACAAAAGCAAGCGGGUUAAGGAGAGAUAGUCUGCAAGAUGGUUCUGACGCGCCAGAUGAGGUCGUUCCCACAAGCUUUGACGAAAAUGCAUUACGAUGUGGUGUGAAUUGUCUACUGGAUCGCAUCAAGCAGGGUAUGGCUUCUGCUAGGGAAGCUGCAGUCUUUCUUCAAAAGCGAGCUGCGCUCGAGACGGAUUUAGGUCGCAGCAUGCAUAAACUUGCGGUUGCCACCAAGAGUGCGUACGCGGCAAAUGAGUGCAAGGCUGGGACCUUUGCAACUGCUUGGGAGAACUCAAUGACUUUACACGAAACUAUUGCGGAGAAUCGGCUGAAACUAUCGGCUAAUUUAACGAAAAUGAGCGAAGACCUAUCCAACCUAGCAAAGGAGUUCAAAGAUACACACACUAGCUAUGAACGCACGUUGCUGGACUCAGAAGCUGCCGCAGAUAAAGCUAAAGCAAGAUUCGAUGCUGCUCAGGAGGAGUUGGAAAGGUUUCUGUAUGCAAAGGAAGGUGAGAACGCCAGGGACGCUCGAAUGGUGCCCCCUCAGCCAGGAAAGGAUGGCAAAAAGGGACCCAUAGGGAUCACAAAAGCAGUUGCUAAGCAAGGUGGAAUGCUUCUUCAACGUAAAAAUCCUGCUGCUCUUCAACGCCAAGAGGAUGAUGUGCGCGGAAAAAUGUUGGCAGCCGCUGAUGCAUAUCGUAAAUUACUUCUUGAUACCCAAGCCCUCCGUCAAGAAUAUUUCAAUUUCCAACUACCGCGAACACUGCGGGUCAGUAUCUCCACUCCUCAGCUUCCAAUACCCUAUAUUGACUCUUUCCAGUCUCUCAAGGAAUUGAACGACGAAAUCGACACUGGCAUGCAAUAUCACUUAUCAAGAUAUGCCUAUUUGCUCGAAUCCUCCCUAUUGAGUGACGCAGUGACUCUGGUACCCAAAGCAGCCGAGGAUGGCCCAGGCCUCAAGUCUAUCAUGGAGUCGAUAGACAAUCGAACUGAUUUUAAGGCAUAUGUACAAAAUUAUCGAGUGGUACAUCAGGGUAUGUACAGGGGUCCGCGAAGAGAGGCUUACAAUGAUAGAUCGGCCUCGAACCUCAACCACGGGUACGCGUCACAGGUCAACCUUCAUUCUGCCCGCAACUUGGGUGCCGGGGGAAGCGGUGUUUUUGGUGUCGACCUAAAGGAACAAAUGGAACGGGAUGGUGUCGAAACUCCAAAGAUACUCAUCAAGUGCUGUGAAGCAAUCGAGAGAUAUGGUCUAGACAUACAAGGAAUUUAUAGGAUUAAUGGCACCGUCACAAAGGCUCAACAGCUUAGAGAGUUAAUGGACCGUGAUCUGAACGCAGACCAAUGGACGAGUGACAUUAAUGUUGUAGCUGAUGUCCUCAAAAAAUGGUUACGGGAACUACCAGAUCCCUUGAUGACAAUGGAACUCCAGGCAGGGUUCAUAGAAGCCGCCAGUCAGUGA